AUGGCAGGAACUGUGCUGGAAAAUCUCAGCUCUAGGAAGCUUUUCGCCCUCGGAGGUGUCCUUCUGGUUGUCCAGAUCAUCUUUUUCAUGAUCGGCGGGCUCAUAGCUCCUAGUCCGACCAGUCCCAUCCGCUACAUUGCCUCCAAAUGUGUGGACCGUGGACACCACAAGUCAAAAUGGUUCGUCCCGUGGGGACCAAAGGAUCAGGUGUGCGAGAAGGUGGCAGAUUUUGACGAGGCGACAGCGAAGCAGGUUUCUGCGAACGACAUCGUGUUCGCCGCCCACAUCCCGCUGCCGAACCGCGAGAUGGUGCGCUGGUUCCAGUUCCUCCUCAUGAUCAUGGAGCUCGACGUCGCCUUCAAACUGCACAACCCCGUAGCGGAAAAUGCAGUGGUUACCAUGGAAGCUGGCCUGGCGUAUCGUGACGACAAGUUUGCAGAGUGGACACCUAUCGCCAGGUCUACUGAGGAGAGGAAACUGGUCUGUAACUUCAGCCACACAAAGACGGCAGAUAACGAGGGCCGUUACUAUGACUGUGACAUGAUUCCACUGUUUGAGCUGGGCAGCUGUUACCACAAGUACUACCUCAUUAACGUGAGACUGCCGGUCAGGGAGAAACAAAACAUCAACCUCAACAUCGGCGAUAUCAAGGACGUCAACCUCAUAGGGAUUCACCAGAACGGAGGUUUCACCAAAGUGUGGCUGUCCGUCAAGACGACUCUCACCCCAACCAUCAUCAUCAUCCUGGUCUGGUACUGGAGACGUGUUACCCAGCUCAACCGCAAGCCUGUGCUGCUGGAGAAAACCAUCUUUGCACUGGGGCUGUCCAUGGCUUUUAUUAACUUGCCCCUAGAGCUGAUCACCAUUGCUGUGGAUGUUCCGUGGAUGUUGUUGCUAAGCGACAUACGACAGGGCAUCUUCUACUGCAUGCUGCUGUCCUUCUGGAUCAUCUUCACUGGGGAGCAUCUUAUGGACCAGUCGGAAAGGAACCGCCUGUCCGUGUACUGGCGCCAGGUGGGAGCCAUCACCUUCGGCUGCCUCUGUAUGUUCAUCUUCGACAUGUGUGAGAGGGGUGUGCAGCUGACGAAACCAUUUUACAUCAUCUGGAUGACAGAAAAAGAAUCCAAACCAACUCAGAUACAGAGAUAA